UACAGGAUCACAAACCUUCCUGGAGGUCAUCGGGCAACAACUAGGUGGAGUAGCGUGUUUAUACCUACUCUCAUCCUCACCAUCGGAGAUCGGGACGAGGUCUGGUCUAUUCCUGAGAUGACCCUCCGCGAUAUUCUGCAGGACAUUUGGAACGUGGUUUACGGGGAUAUCACACAUACAGUCACUACAACCGGACCUGUCAUUGCCAUAGCUCUCCAACGGCUGUCCGACUGGCGCCAUAACAUCGGUCAUUCCGCUGUCUCGGUACUUGCGAGUUUUAUGUUGUCGCAGGAUGAUGUCGAGACCGAUCGAGACCGCGAAGACUUCGCAAAUAGCUUACUCUUCAAGUUGGGAUUCCUGUAUGGCCACAUUACAGAGGAUGGAAAAUUCCAAAAACCUUUUCAGUCCGAUCUCAUUCUCGAGGUCCUCGUGCAGCACGGUCAUAGUACUUCGGGCGCUAUCAACAGGCAUAGGAGUCCAACAGAUAUAACACAUGCGAGGGGCGCUAUUGGUCUUAUCACUGCGGCGGCGUGUAUUUCCACCCUCGCUUCAUAG